AGUAGCUCGCUAACAAGAAAUUGUACUACACUGGUCGAAUUAUAACAAUCUAAUCAGCGCGGUACUACCUAAAGGUCUUCACCGUGUUGAUAGGUAGGUAAGGAGGAAUAGUAUCAGCCUAAAGGUUCUGAUGAUUACAAUCUGAUCAACCAUGACACCGCCCUCUCGCCCUCCCUUCAGCGACCUUCCACUUGACAAAAAUGGACCUCCCGGAAACGCAUGGGGCCUAUACGGCAAAAACGACGAGCUAGGCGCCCUCAAUCUGAUCACGCCCUCAACAGUAAAAGCAGCCGCGCAAGAAAUCCAAACCGGAGACCGCGUAUCGCUAGACUGGUAUCUCAACAAGCCGUCCCAUCCCUCCUUUGGCCGCCCACCAUUUGGCUGGAGAAUAGAGAACAGAAGCCACCCGGACGGCACCAAGCGGACCGUCAACGACGACCACCUCGACAUCAACACGCAAAGCAGCAGCCAAUGGGACGGCUUCCGCCACUACGGAUACCAGAAAGCAGCGCGGUACUACGGCGGACGCACGCAGCAAGACGUCGAGGGAAGCGAGGUAAUCGGGAUUGAUCGGGUUGCGCAUUCAGGCGGCAUCACGGCUCGAGGCGUCAUCUUGGAUUAUCCGCGGUAUCUAGAGCGGAAGGGGAAAGACAGCGUGUAUGCCCUUGGGGCGAAUAGUAUCAGCGCCGAGACGCUGAGGGAUAUGCUCAGGGAGACGGGCGUGCAGCCGAGAGAGGGCGAUGUACUCCUCCUGCGCACUGGGUUUACGCGGGACUACGAUGCGCUGGGGCCCGAGGAGAAGAAGGCGCUUGCGCAUAAACCACCUGCUUUCCUCGGCGUGGAGAGCACCACGGAUACGCUACGGUGGAUUUGGGAGAGUGGGUUUGUGGCUGUUGCGGGCGACGCGCCAUCGUUUGAAAUGGCGCCUCUCGUCGGCUCCCACAAUAAACCCGGCGGAAUCUGGAAAGGUGAAAGCUGGGAAGAAGAGAUGCAAGGAGGCGGACUACUGCAUCAGUGGUUGCUGGGAGGCUGGGGCGUUAUGAUAGGGGAGAUGUGGGAUUUAGAGCCGCUUUGCGAGAGGGCGGUCGAGUUAGGGAGAGCCACAUGCUUCGUUAGUAGCGUGCCACUCAAGGUUCCCGGGGGCGUCGCGAGCCCACCGAAUGCAGUGGCGAUAUUCUAGCUCGAACUGUACUUUCCAGUGUUAUCGAAAUCAUGCAUAGAGCAGGAAAUCCCUAUGGAAAUUCAAAGCAUCUGGUCUGUUUAGGCUAACAAGGUCACACACAAUCAAGCGCACGUAUAGUCGCCAAGUCAUUAUUUUAGCACAACACCUGGAAUGCUCGCAUACCUGGCUUCAUUCAUACUCCCAACCACCAGACAAUAUAUUAAGUCUUGGGGACAAGAAACUCCAAGACCACCCCCC